AUGGUACGAAUUAAUCUGGAAUGAAAUAUGGCAUCUAAUGUUACAGCUCAAUCAGUGUUGGAAAAGAUUAGUGUGGAUCAUCUGGAAUGCUCCAUCUGCACCAACCGUUUCAGGCAGCCCAAACUGCUGGACUGUUUGCAUAGUUUUUGCCUGCAAUGCCUCCAAAAGCUCAGACAGAGCCAAGAUCCUAGUGGUACAAAACUGACAUGUCCUCUGUGCAGAUGUGAAACCAUGUUGAAAGGGUCUGGGGUUGCUGACCUCCCUAAUAACUUUGCAUUCAGUGCCCUGGUGGAGGAAGUUACAAUGCAGGAAAAGCUACUGGAAGGUCAAGGGUCAGAGAUCAAAUGUCAAAACUGUGAUGAGGGGAAUCAGGCUAUUUCAAGAUGCACGGACUGUGAUCAUUUCUUAUGUCAUGAAUGUCAAAAGGCACAUGGACGUAUGACUUUGAUGAAAUCUCACAAAAUCUACACACUGGCUCAACUUCAAUCAGGACAAAUUGUUUAUAAGAGUAAACUAAGAGAUGAAGUUCCCAAAUGUGGCAAGCAUCCAGAUCAGAAUCUCAAUGUGUACUGCAACUCAUGUGAGCAAGUCAUAUGCACAACUUGCUCUGUACUUGAUCAUGCCAAACACUCACUCACUGGAUUACCUGAGGCUGCAGAGAAAUGUAAGAAGAAGGUCACAGAAAUGGUCCAAAAAAGUGAGAGCACAAAAACUGAAUUGAUCACCACUAUCAAGGAGAUGUCUAAAUCUCGCAAGGAUUUGGACAACAUGUUUGCCAACACUCACAAGAAAAUCUCAGAAAAAGCUCACCAGGAGAUUACAAAGAUCCAAGAGGAGGUUGCAAAGAUCCAAAAGGAAGAACAGAAAUUAAAGCGAGAGACGGACAGGAUUUAUAAGGACAGAGUCAGAACAUUUGAAGCUGCUCAAGCUAACAACAGGAAAGAGGUGACACAGACAGAGCACAAGCUGGAGGAGGUGAAACAACUCAUGAAUCAAGCAAGUUGCUAUGAGAUUCUUGAACUUGAGCAGAAGCUCUUGCAUAACCUCAGUGAACUGACAGGGAAACAGCCACAGCAAGUUCCUGACAAGUUGAGCUUCAUGGACUUUGAAGAAGGUAAGAGGUCACUUGGGAGACUCAUUCUGGAGGAAGAGACAAAGGCUGCAGAAAAGCAAUCACCAAGACCUGCAAGAUCAUGUGUGAAAAAGAAAUGGGAACUGAAGACUGAAUUCAAGAACUUUGAAUUAGGAAAUAACAUGUUACGACAUGUGUCAGCACUCUCUGACAAUAACAUAGUAUUAACCACUUGGAUUAAUGUAUUAUUCACAGUAUCACUGACCAAUAGUCAACAUACACCACAUCCUAUCCCACAAAGGCUUAAAAUCAAUGGCCUCACUGAUUUAAGGUGUAUUGCAGUGAGCAUGGAUGACAAGCUCCUUGCUCUAGAUGGUCGAGUAGUCAAGGUCUUCAACAAGCAACAUCAGCUCCUCCAUCAGUUCACACCAGGUGGAGGGUACAUCCAACCAACAUGCCUUGCAGUGGAUGACAGCAAUCUGAUAGCAGUGGGUUAUGAUGGCAAGAAUGAGAUAUCUCUACACAACCCAGAUGGAUCCCUCAUCAGGAGACUGCCUGCUCCAAAGAUUGAGGAUCAUCUAACAAUGUACAAUCACUGCCUUAUCUACACAACAGGAUUAAAUGAAAGAUUGGUAUGUGUAGACUACUAUGGUGCCAGUGUAUUCUCAGUUGACAUGACCAGCAACAUGCAGAGGGAUGGGUUGUCCUCUGGUGUGUGCUGUGACAGUGAUGGCAGCAUCUAUGUUGCUGUGUAUGGACAUCCAACAGGUGAUAUUCUGCAGUACAGUCCUGAUGGCAAGUACAUUGGAUGUGUGAUCAAGGGAUGUGGUGCUCCACGUGGCAUCACAUUCACAUCAGGUGGUGAUCUGGUAGUGGCUGCAGGAGAGUCCGUACAGAUCUAUCACCGAGUGUAAGGACAGAUUAAUUAAGCUGGGGCUAUCCAGUGUAUCCACCAACCACUUCCAUCGGACAUUGAUCAUUGUUAUCACUGACAAAGAACUUUAAAGUUCAUUCCCUUAAACAACUUUCUACAAUACUGUAUAUUUGGUUUAUUGCUAAGGUCUUUGGUCUCUGUAUGUGUUGACUCUAAUACCUCAACCACUUCCCCUUUGGAAAAUCUUGGACUUCAACACCCAGCCUACUUCCUAUAAAGUCCUAGAUCUGGUGGCCCAAUAAUGAGAGCAAAGGAAUGCCCCUUCACAUUGUUUGCAAAUAGGGCAGAGUGUACAUUUAAAAAAUAUUACCAACGGGAGUGAAAGUAUUACCAAGAGAUGGCAGAUCAAUUUCAAUUCGUCUCAGCAAAUGCAAAGUCAAUGCAUGAUUUUUUUUUUCUAAGUGUAAGCUAUAACCCUACUCCUGUAUAAAAUGUAAAUAUUUCCUUGAAAUUUGUUAUUCAAUUUUUCAAUUAUUGGAAAAAUUGUUGAGAUUAAAUGAAUGAAACUUAUUUUGGAAUGAGAAAAACUUUGCACUUACAUGUACAUGAGACAAAGGUAAAUACUCAAAAUCAACCGGAUAUAAUAUGUGUGAUUUUGAACUAAAGCGAUAGUUUACAAGUAAAUCAUAUGCAAUCCCUUGGUUGUCUCUUUCACAGUGCUUUCUGAGUGCCUCAUCAAAUUAAUAUUAGUUUCAUUACAUUAACAACCAAGUUGAAAAUGAAAACCUUGUGCAUUCUACUGCAAUGAUACAUGGAUGUUUGCAAAUGUGGUUGGUAUGAUGGAUGUACAUUUGUAAAUUGAAAUCUUGUUUGUAUGCCUUUUUUAAAUGGCGUUUUUAAAUACUAUAAUAGAAAAUGCAUUGGAACAUUCUAUGAAUUUGGGGUUCACUUUUUCCUGUCCCUUUAUGUCUGGCAUCUACGAUUUUGAAAUAGAAAAUGCACUCCCUUAUGUGUGUACUAUUCGUCCAAGAAUGCUUCUGUGAAUCAAAUGACCUACCCAACAAAUAUUAAUUAGUUUGAAGUCAUUUUUAAUGCCACCUGAAUGGCAAAUGAUAAAUUUCAGA